UGACAACACAGAUACUGAAUAUAUAUUUAUAUAUGCAAUCCAGAAUGAAAAGCUCCGCGUAUCUCUCUCUUAAAUUACUGACCUCAAUGUACAUUUCUCAGAUACUUAACUAAGAGAGUCGACGUUAGGCAUUCCAUACAAAAGAGAAUUUCUCUGAUACAUAUGAUUUGCGAUCAUUCGCCUAUAUGCAGAGCCACCUUUUGGACUCCAAAUAUAUAUUUUGAGAAAAAAACUUUACUUUAACUUUAAUCUUAAUCAAUCUCUAAUGCGCCGCGAUUCAGCAGCCAAGGCAGGACCACCUCUAUGUGCUUCCUAUAGCGGGGAUUUUGGAACAUCUGCAAUUGGAAGUCGACCCCCUCCGAACCACUCUCCAUACAGUUAUCCAAGCUGGCGUCUUCGGUGGGAUCCAUCAGAACAGAGGCCAUUCCGCCGGCAGCCACAGCAAAGCCUGAAAAAUAGUCCAAAACCUAGUUAGUCAGUGAAAAUGCCGAAUCUGCAGUGAAUCUUACCAGCGACGCCACUCCGGAAGAGCGAUUUAUGAAUAUCCCGCAAAGUGGGAAGUGCUUUAGGGUACUGGAGGAUCUUCAGGUGCGCCACAAGGCUGUCGUGAUAUACUUUGAUGUAGUUAUCAAACUUGCUCAGCUUAUCCUCCAGCUUGGUGGAUGAGAUCAAAAAAUUGGUUAGAUCCUGUGCAACAGUUCCGUAAUUGGGAAACUGAAAGUCGAUUAAAUAAACCUCUAUGAUCCGGCCAAGACCAUCGUAUUGAAACAUAAUAUUGUUGCACCAAAAGUCCCCAUGGUUCAGGACGUUGAAUUACGUUUCCUUAAGAUUGGAAAACAAAUCAAACACUAGGUCCACCACUUGUGGCUGCAGUGCUUUCUAAAGAGAAUGAAUUAUAAUUUCCAUCAAUUUGGUGUUGAAGCCUAUUAUUACUGUGACAUACCACUUUCUCUAUGUAGGGCUUCGGUGUGAUGCACUUCAAUUAAUCUGGUGCGCUGGUCAACAUCUAUGGAGAUGGGUCGGUGUUGCUUUCCCACGGAGGUGUGGAAAUUGGCCAGGGCCUCAACACCAAGAUGAUUCAGUGUGCCGCCAGAGCCUAAGGCAUCACUUCAAAGCUUAUUCAGAUUUCGGAGACGUGUACGGAUAAGGUACCCAACACAUCGGCCACGGCUGCCAGCGUAGGGUCGGAUUUGAACGGCAUGGCUAUUUUGGACGCCUGCGAGAAGUUAAACAAGCGUCUGGCUCCCGUGAAGGAGGCCCUUCCCGGAGGCACCUGGAAGGAAUAGAUCAACAAGGCGUACUUCGACAGGGUUAGCCUUUCAGCAACAAGUUUCUACGCCAUGCCCGGAAUCGGCUACCACCCAGAGACGAAUCCUAAUGCCCGCACCUACAGCUACUACACGAAUGGUGUGGGCAUCAGUGUCGUUGAGAUCGACUGCCUGACUGGCGACCAUUAGGUGCUGAGCACCGACAUCGUGAUGGAUAUUGGAUCGAGUUUGAAUCCAGCAAUCGACAUUGGCCAGAUCGAAGGAGCCUUCAUGCAGGGCUACGGUCUGUUCACUCUGGAGGAGCUAAUGUAUUCCCCACAAGGCAUGCUCUAUUCGAGGGGUCCUGAAAUGUACAAGUUGCCAGGAUUCGCCGACAUUCCUGACGAGUUUAACGUGAGCCUUUUGACAGGUGCUCCCAAUCCACGGGCUGUCUACUCCUCCAAGGCUGUUGGUGAACCUCCGAUCUUCAUUGGAUCAUUUGCGUCCUUCGCCAUAAAGGAAGCCAUUGCCGCAGCUCGAGAGGAUCAGGGCUUGAAUGGGGACUAUCCUCUGGAAGCUCCCGCUACUUCCGCCAGGAUUCGCAUGGCUUGUCAAGAUAAAUUUACAAAUUUGUUGAAAAUGCCUGAAGAUGGGACAUGCCGUGGAACCUUGUACCCUAAUACCUGUUUUUUUUUUUUUAAUAUUUUACUUUUUACGUCGUUUUAUUGUUAAUUCCUUUUUUACAUUUAAGGUGUUUCAAAAAAUAGGAAAUAAAAAUAACUGCAAUAUAA